AUGAUCCCGCUCAAAAAGUGGGGGGGCCGUACCCUCUGGGGGUGGCAUCUGCGUGCGCAGCUGUGCCUUCUUGUUUUGUCGCUGUUUGUCCUCACAAACAGUCUUGCAAAGCCGGUGGAAAAAAAUAUCGUUUUGCACAACUUCUCCGAAGUGGCAACCUCUCCCCUGUCUCAAGCUCCUGGUGUUAAAGGAUACAGGAUUGCAAACAUGGAGGAGGAAGAGACCAGUUUUGUCCAAGGGGAAAGAGACAUGUGGGUUGGCAUUCUGGACCAAGACUUCGUGAUGCAAUCUUCGCACGCGAUGGUAAAUGCACUUAAAAGAGCGUCGAAGUAUAUUUACUCUCGUGGCUUCGUUCGGUAUUUGUUUUCUUCGAACAAAUGGCUUAGCUAUACAAUUGCUAGCUUGGAGGAGAAACUCGUCAUCGUGAAAAUGCUGGAGAAGAUCGCCAAUGGAUCCCGACUGCGUUUCUGGACUUCUCCUAUGUAUUCCUGGGCUGAUAGCCUCUUUAAGCACCCGGUUAUGACUUUACAGAGCGUCGUUGUGCACGGAUUCGAAGAGGCAAUUGGGGGCAUUUCAGGGUUGUUUACUAGCGAGGUGAAGAGCAGCUGCUUCUCCUUCGCGUAUCGGGUCAACUCAAUUGCCCCGUACACAGUUGUAUACCCUGGGGGUAUUCUCGGCAGCAUCAUGAAAGGUCUCGUGCGUUCUUACUUCCUCGUGUUCCAGCAGUCGCUGAUCAACUUCAAAGGCAUCUUUGCUCUCCUCAUCGGUAUCAUCUGCAAAACAAGAAUCAUUCAGGCAGCCAUUAAUGCGAUUAAACCCAUCUUCCGCCUGGCCAGAAGAGGAGCGCGAGCUUUUCAGUUAUUCAAGUCGAAGACGAUCGGCAUGUGGGGAGAUCCAAUAGGCCAAGGACUCAUAGACCGUUUGUUCAAACGCGACGCAGUCGUUUUCACGACAAUUCUCUUCCAAAUGUAUGCGGUUGAUGUGGACCAACAGUACACAGAGGCAGAAGAGAUCAAGAAUGCGCUCUCAGGCGCUGGGGGCUCGUGGGCUUUUGCAGAGGGUCUGUUCGUUGGGGCCGCCGAGUUCGGUCGCGCUUUCUUCGGCUUGUUGAUCAAAUACAGGAAAAGUGCAAAGGCAUACGUACAGGCCUGUGAAGCGUUAAAGAGUGGCAAUGUCGAGAACUCCACUGAAGACCCAGAAAACCCUAAUGGUUCAUCUCCGAGCAUACCGGUCUCUGCGGAUACAAGUGUGGAUAAGCUGCUCGAGGAUGCACUCGAAUUCUUUGAAUGGGCACACCCCGAGGCUUCAGGGGGAGAUGAGCCCCUCACGACGGAACAGAAAGUGAAAAUGUUGCAGAAGAGCUGCAAAAGGAACAACCGCUUUGUUGCGACUUACGAGAAGGCGCACUACGAGUACACGAAACGCGUUAUAUUUCAAAUGAUAAGAGUUUUGAAGUACUUUUUCAAGUACUUCAAGUCCUAUAUCGCAGAUAUCCUCUCUAUUUUCUAUGAGUCGGCCCUAGCAAUGCUCGAAACGAAGCUCAACGAAACAGUAGGCGCAGCAGAAGGAUCCAACAGCCCAGCAGACGAAAUGGUUGCAUCUGAAGCUCCUGGAGCACUCUCGCUCUUCCAAGUCUCCCUUGAAUACUCGGAAACUGCAUCCAAAUAUCGCGAUAUCGCCGUACGCCUUCUUUCGUCGGCUGCGGAGGAAAUACGUAGAGGGUUGGGUGAUAUAUACACGCGUUUCCUGAACAGUCAAGUCCUUCUAUCUAGGGUGGAGAGGAAAAAUGAUCGCAUUCGCGUGCUUGAACUCAUAUCCAAGUGCCAGACUCCAUUGGAAGAAAAGACAGAAGAAGAGAAACGACUCUGCGGCACAACCGUCACGAGCGAGAUCGACCGUGAUGAAUUCAUUGCAAAGUCCCUAGUUGCUGUGAACAUGGCUAUUUCUUCCCCAGCUGACGAUAUCGGCAUGCACUAUUUAGGACAGGAAACGAAGGCCUUCCACGCUUUGGAGAAUUUCGCCAGUGGAAAAAGAAAGCGCAACGUCGAAAGAAUUGCUCAAGUUGCUAUAGAGACAUGGGAUAACGAAGAAAGUGUAAAAAGUCUUGUCGGCCCCCCACGCGACGCAAACGGCAGUAGAAUAUUCAAACCGGACCCUCUGGAAUGCACGAGUACAUUUGUGCCGAUGGAUGGAAACAAAGGGACUCUUUCGUUUUUUGUUGCGGCGGACUCACGAGGAGAACCCAGAGCACACCAAGAUCAAUCCAACUUUUCAAAACGCGAUUUGGCUCCGGCAAUCACACUAACUGGAACAAUCGCAUACGACGACACGCGCAGUGAACUCCUCAGCAUUCAAAAUGAUCCUAGUGCCAUCAGAGACACAAUAGUUGCCAGCUUUGUAGACAAACGGGGACGCGUAGCUGCGGAAACGCUUGCGGGAGUGUUAAUGCUGCUACAUCGGCGCCUGCCCAUCUUCUGGGAACGGAGCCCUGUUGAAUUUUUGCAGCAUCUGACGCCGAAGAUGUUUUUCGACAUUCUUUUUCUGCUUUCUACCCAGGCCUACGACCAGUCUGAAGCGACGGUGACACUAGACGGAAAGCUGUAUACGUUUCCUAAGUCUUUCGGUGCUAUAAAGGAUAUUGCACUUGGUUCGUUGAACAAAGCGAUUGUUCGCAUGCACAGUUUGAAUGCCUCGGAUGCAGCACUGCUAAUUGCCAUGGGCAGUGUUCAUUUUGCUUACAAGAAAAUUCAGAAACACCGGACAGGGAGAACCUCGGUAAUGCAUCUCUUCCUUAGGGAAGUACACCACAUUAUGAACUACCUAACAGCAGAACCAGAAAAACUCAAGGACUUAUAUCCCGAGUGCAACUUCAUCUCCAAGUGGGAAACUCCCCAAGAAGAAGAUGUUCUGAAGUGCGCAAUUUUCCGAUUUAUGAAGAUCGGUUCGCUUACAGAUCGCGGUGACGCGCAGGAAGAAAUCGAAACAUUCGUCAAUGCAUUCGUGGAUAAACUGGCUGAGUUGAAGGGCCAAGUAACGUGGAAAUCCUAUUUGAACCUCGAUUACUUCCUAGACGGCGCCGACAUGUAUGCAAGUACUGCGGCGAAGUACCAGUAUGAAACGCUGUAUAACCAAGUCAACGGCAUACCAGGAAGUGAAGAAGAACAGUCUGAGCUCGCCAAGCUCAUGAAGAAACUCCACCCAGUAUCGCCAAAAGUAAUUCAAGGGCCUCAUUUCAUGGGCGCCCUAAAGUAUGCGGAGGUGAUAACUUACCCCGAUCUCAGCGGUUCACGCGAGGCGCUGAUUGAGACGGCCAGCUUGGAAGAUUUCGGCCACAUUCUGUUGACUCUCGAGACAGUUGCCUCUACGCUCGACAAUCCUGCAGCCAUGUACAACAUUGUCACUCAAUUUAGAUCAAUGCCUGUCUGCAGCCCAGCUGCAAGAGAGGAGUUCGCUAGGCUGACUGAGAGAGCACAAGUGCUCGGCACGGACGUCACGAAGGUGGCCGCAGGAUGGGUGUUGAAGACAAGCGGUAGCGCUGGCAUCCCCAUGGCUCUGGGGCUAUUGGCGCUGCACGACACUGCGGGGGCCUUUGCAGACAAAGCGUUGCAACUCCGGUUUCUUUCCACCGAUGCCCUUACCUACCUCAUCUCCGCCCUCGACAUGGCCUACCUUCUGAAGCAUCUCGGGCCGCAGACCCCUAGCGACAUCGAGUUGAUGCGCUUCUCAAUGAACGCUGGCAGCCCCAAUGCUUUUGUCGUAAAGGCUCAGUGCGAACCUCGAAGCUUGGGACUCAAUACAAAAGAGCCUUUGAAGGUAGAAGACUUGGUUGCGCGUUUAGAGGAGGCUAUCGAUCUGGAAGACGGCCUCCCAGCAGGCAUCUCGAACUCUGAGAAAUGUUCUGCACUGGUUAGCUCUGUCCUACAAGGCCCCAUUACCCCUACGACAUCUCUCCCACAUGAGGCAAUCCUUACCUCGGACGCGUUUGGUCUUUGCUUCCUCCUGCUUCGCCUUCGCGGUCCCUUGGAAGCUGGACAGGAGACAGUGACAAUUGAUGACUUGCUCGACACGAUGUACAUCGAUGGCUUGCCUCUGAGUCAGCACUUAGACUUCUUGCAACAACGCAGGGCCGAUAUGGACGAGCGAAAGUUGAGAGCGAAGUUAAUAGGUCCGUUUUUGCGUCUGCUGCUCAUCACCACUGUUGAGGGCCUGGGCAACAGUAUCGGAGGCAUCAGCUUCAGGUCGUACGACGGAGAAGUCAACUUACUUUCAUUCCAAUAUACCCUGCAGACAGUCUCGCCAUCCAUGCCGCCUGCUGAUGUACUCGCAUUCGCCGCCGACCUCCUUCUUGGGUCCCAACCUGACGCGAAAUCCCGAUUCGUUUCUUUUUCUUUUGACGGUCCUCAGUUCCUCAUGGACUGGUAUCGCUAUGUAGACGUCGAGAAAACGCGCGCGUUUGUUGACGCAGCUAUAAAGCAAAAUGCUGUAGUGAAUUACCCAGCAAUGGCCGGCCUCAGCUACGUGUACAUCGCAACAGACCUCGCCGAUCUAGGGUACAGCUUGCGGCAGAGCUCGAAGCUAGAUCCAAUGGACGUGGCGAGGAAGGCUGCUUUAAAGAUUAUGGAAGAUGAAACCAUCUCCCCCCUGAAGCGCUACGGCCUCGCGCACAUGCUGGUUGGCCUGGUCAGGCACGCGGCGAAUCUGAAGAAAAGGUGCCUUGGCAAGACUUUAGAAGAGUAUGAGGCUUUUACCACCUUCACGGUGCUGGACAGAGAACUCUUCAGAUACGACUGCUACUACAGCCAAAUGUACGAAUCGAGCUCCUUCUCGGACGUGGCCCGCAGCAUCUCCGAGGAAGAUAUAGCAUUCGUGAUGGCGGCACUUGACUCUGCGUACGAAGACGAAGCGAAGACUCUGUACGAGCAGCUGUUGAACAGCAAUAUCGACCACGCCGCAGUAGCGAAUGCGGCGUUCGCCCUUGGGCAGCAGUUCCCCAUUACAGGAAUGGUGGAUGCGCUGACUGUUGAUUUUCUCUCUUGGGUUCGAGAGAAAAAACCCUGGGACGACAUUCUGCCGACCCUCAGGUCCCAUAGAAAAACCCCAUGGGUGGCUACAAGGAAAACGUUAACCCUCGGCAGGCCUGUCACGAGUGCUGAACACCCUCUUCUGAUGAACCCGUAUCAAAUUGUUAUCGACAUUGUAUUCUUGUCCUUGACAGGCUCUGCUAAGAGGAGGCGCUUCCCCAUUAUAGCGCCUGUGAAGCGGAUGAAGGCAUUAUUCGGAAUUUUGAAACCGGGAAGGAAGAGCAGAGCAGAUUACAAAGCAGACAUUCGAAACCGAAGGCAUGUCGCAGAACAGAAAAAACUGCAAUAUAACCUCCUACACGCAAGCGACUAUGCAGACGAACUGAGAAAACUACUAGAAGAGGAAGAAGAACCGCAAGAGGAACAACAAAUGCAAGAACAGCAAGUGGAAGAGCAACAAGAAAUGCAAGAACAGCAAAGGCAAGAACAAGAACAACUGCAAGAACGACAAAAGGAAGAGCAGCAGCAACUGCAAGAACGGCAAAUGCAAGAGCGAGAACAACUGCAAGAACGGCAAACACAAGAGCAGCAACACCUGCAAGAACAACAAGCGCAAGAGGGCCAACAACUGCAAGAACAAAUGAAAGAGCAACAACUGCAAGGACAACAAAUGCAAGAACAAGAAAUGCAAGAACAACAAAUGCAAGGCCAACAACAACUGCAAGGACAACAAAUGCAAGAUCAGGAAAUGCAAGCCCAACCACCAAUGCAAGGACAACAAGCAGAAGAGCAGCAAACAGAACAACUUUUGCCCCAACAAACCCAGCAACCUCAACAAACAGAGGGUUCCGACGAACAACAAACUGUCGAUGACGGACAGGCUUAA